AUGCAUUCAGUUUAUGAGUACACAUCAUCAGAUUUGUCAGACCUUGACAUCUGCAAUACCAGUUCAUCACAUUCGCCAGAAAGAUUUACAGUGACAACGACAAGUACACCAUAUUCGACAUAUCGACCCCGAAAUAACUUUCAUUCAAUCGAAUCAUUAGCUGUCUCAUCGGUAACCUCUUUUUCAUCUCCUUGUCAAAAACAAGAAAGUACUGUUCAUGCAUCGAAAAAUCAAGCGAGAAAGUCACGACGAAAACUAUCUGAUUGGCAAGUGUGGUAUCUAAAUCAAAUAUAUGCACAAAAUCGAUAUCCAUCUGCACAUGAACAGGAAGAAAUUGCCGCACGUUUACUUUUACCUAUGUCAUCAAUUCGUAUUUGGUUCCAAAAUCAUCGCGCACGUUAUGGAAAAAGUUAA